UUUUUUUUGAGUUGCGGCGCACACGCACAGGAGUAGACAAAACUCUUCCGUGACUCAAAACCGGACCGGAUUUGAUUUUGAUUUGAUUAUCGCCGUACCAGCCAAUGGCCCUGCUUUGGAUUCGACCGGGAAAACAGUGUUUACGCGUGAUCGCCCUCAAUCAAAUACCCGCCGUAGCUACCUUCCGAUCGUUCAGAAUGACUGCCCGUCAACGCUCGGAAAAAGUCCUGGAGCAGCUGAAGGAUUCUAAUCCGUUUUUUGGAAAGUACGCAAAGAAAAUUUCCGCCGUGCAGCAAAGCUCUCCGGAAGAAUUCCUGGCCAAAUUAAAGAGUGUAGAGAAGGAGAAAACCAAAGCAACUGUUGGUCCAUUGGAACCAGCACGCGAUUACUCGGGCCUGUUGAACCCAAAGGCUCCAUUGGGAGCGAAAACACAGGAAGAUGCCGCUUACAAGAAGCUCAGUGAUAUCAUGAAGCUUGAUUUGGUGGAGCACCGAAGUGUAGAAGAAAUCAAGCAAAUUUGGCUGCAGUACCAUCAGGGAAAAGAAGUAAUUUGUGCAGCCAUCCCCUUGAAGCAGUACGAUUUGAUGAUGGAACGAGCGAAGAAGUUUCCUGUUUUUAUUUUGCCAAUCCCUAGAAGCCAGGGAUAUGAGUUUAUGAUGCUGCAAUUCUUUGCUAAUACGAUUCAUUUUACGCCGUUGAUCAACUAUCAGGUCCAUAAAGAAAACGCUCCGGAAUGUUUGAACAUUGCAAUGUACGCGGAACUUAAGCAAAGCAAAGGAUUGGUCCUAAUGCGAGGAGAAUACGACCCUAAGGUGAUCAACGGCCAGGAAGCGCAAUGCUUGGCAAAUCAGCUACAGAUGUACUACAGUCAGCAGAACGAAUCCAAGUUGAAACUGCUGGAAUUAUUUACCCAUAAACCAGACCAAUUCAAGCACAUAGAUGUCAUCGAGGAACUAAAUAAUUUGAAGAUUGGCGAUUAGUUGGUUUUCGUGUAUUAAUCACUCGCAUCAAAAACAAUAGUUUGAAUAAAAGUA